CGCCUCUUAAAAGACCCCUUAGUGAGAGUCCGUCGCAAACAAAAGUGGCGGGAACUCCACCACCAAAGUUGAUGCCAUCAAUAGUACAAGUCUCAAGACCCUUUUUCACCUCAUCAGAAUUAUCAUACUUACAUUCAUUUACCAUUCCAGAUCAUAAAAAAAUAGGAUACAAUCAAAGAAAACACCAAAUAUUCCAGUAUAUUUUCCAAAUAUGUAAGAGCUUGAAGUUACCUUUAAGGGUAUUAAAUACCACAAUGAAUUAUUAUCAACGAUAUUAUCUAUUUAAUAAAUUUGAGGAAAUGAAUGAAGAAUCAGAAAUUGUCGAAGAAAAUGACCCAUUCAUAGUUUCUUUAGCUUGUUUAUUCUUAGCAAGUAAAAAUGAAGAUUGCAUCAAGAAAUUAAGAGACAUUUUAAUUAUAUCGAAUAAAUUAAGAGAUUUAGAUGAAUCGACAAUUAAUAUUGAUCAUCAAAGAAAAAUUAUUAUGAAUCUUGAAUUUAAAUUAUUACAAAUUAUAAAAUUUGAUUUCAUAAAUGGUUCAAAUAAUAUUCCUUCUCCUGAUCAAUUAGUAGUUACCUUUAGUAAAAAAUUAGGACUCGAUUAUAAAAGUUCAAUGUUUAGUUGGUUAAUUACUUUUGAUAUUAUGUCAACUCCUUUAUGUUUAAUCAUUCCUCCUCAUUGUAUUGCUUUAGCAAUCAUUAUUGUCACUCUUAACUUAAAACCAAAGCACUUAUCAACAAAAUAUAAUAAAGUUGAAGAUGAAAAUACCGAUUAUCAAGAUAACUUAAUAAAAAUCUUGGAAAAAAUUGAUUCUUUCAAAGAUUUUAAAUGUCCUGAACCUUUGGUUAAUGAGGGAAUAAUUUAUAUUCUAGAUUAUUACAUUCAUCAAAUGAAUUUUUCAAUUUUAAAUGAUUAUAUACCUUCAAUUGAUCCCGAACUGGGUAAAGAACAAAUUUUCAAAUUUAUGGAUUUAAAAUCAAGGUUUAAUGACUUAAAAAUUUUAAAUGAAGCUUCUACUAAUAAACCUUUGCUUCAACAAGAUUUUUACUUGAAAAAAUGGGAUUAUUCAAUCGGCUUAAAAGGUUCGGUUAGAUUUAUGUUAGGUAAUAAGAGACGUAGAUUUGAUCAAGAGUUUGAUCUUAAUGAAUCAAAGCCAAAAUCAUAA